GCGUGUGUGUGUGUGUGUGUGUGUGUGUGUGUGUGCGUGCUGGAUGGGGAGGUGAGAAGGGAAUGCGAGGUGUUCACCUUGGUGUCUGCAGAGCAGGUCCACGCUAUGAGAGGAGGCCGGUGAGAGCGACUGCACAGGUGUGAUUCGACAGGUGUGCGCACGUGCGGCCGCGGGGACACGGCUGCGCAGGAAUUGCGGUUUUUGGUGUGUGUUUUUUUUAAGUGUGCGCGCGGGUGAGCGUUGCCGUGGACGGCGAGGAUGUCAAACUCCACCGUCAACUUCUACGCCCUGGCUCGGUCCUUCAGCUCCCCGGACAUUAUUGUCAUAGUGACCUACUUUCUCCUCAACAUCGCUGUCGGCAUCUGGUCAUCAUGCAGGGUGAGCAGGAACACUCUGAGCGGAUAUUUCUUGGCUGGACGGGACAUGGCGUGGUGGCCGAUUGGGGCGUCUCUCUUUGCCAGUUCAGAAGGCUCAGGUCUGUUUAUUGGUUUGGCCGGUACCGGAGCUGCAGGGGGCAUCGCCGUCACUGGUUUUGAAUGGAACGCCACCUAUGUGCUGCUGGCUCUGGCCUGGGUAUUUGUGCCUGUCUACAUCUCCUCGGGGAUCGUGACAAUGCCAGAGUACCUGGGCCGUCGAUUCGGAGGAGAGAGGAUCAGGACCUACCUGGCUGUCCUCUCACUGCUGCUGUCCGUCUUCACAAAGAUAUCAACUGACCUGUACUCUGGAGCCUUGUUUGUCCAGGUGUGUCUGGGAUGGAACCUCUACCUGUCCACUGUCCUCAUGCUGGUGGUCACUGCGCUCUACACCAUAGCAGGUGGCCUCGCCGCUGUCAUCUACACCGACACCCUGCAGACAUUCAUCAUGAUCAUUGGGGCGAUCAUCCUCACGAUCACUGCCUUCAACAAGAUCGGCGGCUACGGCAACCUGGAGCGCGUGUACAGCAUGGCGAUUCCGAGUAAGAUCAUCCCCAACAGCACCUGCCACCUGCCACGCGAGGACGCCAUGCACCUGUUCAGAGACGCCGUCACCGGGGACCUGCCCUGGCCCGGCAUGACGCUGGGGCUCACCAUACUGGCCACCUGGUACUGGUGCACUGACCAGGUGAUUGUACAACGUUCCCUGUCUGCUAAGAACAUUAGUCAUGUGAAAGGAGCAUCGAUCCUGGCUGCUUAUCUGAAGAUGCUGCCCUUCAUCUUCAUCAUCCUCCCUGGCAUGAUCAGCCGAGCUCUCUAUCCAGACACUGUGGGGUGUGUGGAUCCAGAGGAGUGUGUGCGAGUGUGUGGAGCUGAGGUGGGAUGCUCCAACAUCGCCUUUCCCAAACUGGUCAUUGAACUCAUGCCAAGCGGUCUGCGCGGACUUAUGAUAGCGGUGAUGAUGGCCGCUCUGAUGUCAUCGCUGACCUCCAUCUUCAACAGCAGCUCCACGCUCUUCACCAUGGACAUCUGGAAGAAGCACCGCCAACGGGCCUCGGAGAAAGAGCUGCUACUGGUCGGCAGGAUCGUGACCGUUAUCUUGGUGGUGGUGAGCGUGGUGUGGAUCCCCAUCCUGCAGUCGGCCAACAGCGGCCAGCUGUACGUUUACAUCCAGUCGGUGACGAGCUACCUCGCUCCGCCCGUCACCGCCGUCUUCACCCUGGCCAUCUUCUGGACGAGGACCAAUGAGCAGGGUGCGUUCUGGGGCCUGAUGGUGGGUUUGGUGGUGGGCGUGUGCAGGAUGGUGCUGGAGUUUGCCUUCCCGCCUCCCAGGUGUGGAAUCGUGGACUCGGCGCCCGCGGUCCUGCGUAGCGUCCACUACCUCCAUUUUGCCAUUCUGCUCUGUGGACUCACCGCCAUCGUUGUCACAAUAGUGUCACUGCUCACACCGCCGCCCAGCCACGAACAGUUGUGUAACCUUACCUGGUGGACUUUGACUGAAGAGCCACCGAGAGAAAUCCCUCUCCAGAAAGUGUCCUCUGUCAGCCACCGUAGCUCCCAGGGCUCCGAGCCCACCCAGCGGGGGGCAUGUGGUCGGGGGACAUGUGGUCGGGGGACAGGACUGUGUAUCUCAGCGGCGCGGCGCUCAGAGGAGACUCCAACUCCCAGAGUCCAGAACGUCCGAGAGAGCGUGUUCUGGUCCAGGUUCUGCUGUGUCAAUGCCAUAAUGGUGGUCAGCAUUAACAUUUUUCUCUACGCGUACUUUGCCUGAGGAUUCAACAUCCUGUUUCAACCUCCUUUGCAACUCUGGCCAAUAUCGCCACAGACGUGGUGAAAGAACCCUUUUUUUUGUACUGACUUUACAGAAAUCCUGCAGAUCAUCCGUCAGGCAUUGAAAAGAAAAGAAAAAAACCUUUUAACUUAAAGAACCUAGAUAACAGAGAGGACAAACCUCUUACCACAAACCACUAAACAGAGAGACAAUUUUGAGAGUAAUCUGUAUCCACAUCCGUAUGGAAGUGUCCAUAAUGACAGAUAAUGACAUGGGAGAAGUUUAGGAGGCUCAAAAAACGUUCAAAAAGUAACCUGGUUUUAAAAGUUUGAGAAGGCUAUUGUGCAAAUCACAAUGAAGCUUGUGGCUUGUAACAAGCUAACAUGAAGGUGCAGUUAAUGAAAUAAAAGGGCGUUUCAUCUUAAAUUGAAAGCUUACAUAAUAUAUAGUAAGAAUACGUUUGUGGUUCAGAUUGUAUACUUCCAUUUAGUCUUCAUACCUAAUUACCUAAUAGUAAUUAUAUAUUUGUUAUGUUUUUCGGGGUUUUGUGAAACCUCAGUUAUUGUUCUUGUGUUUUUCUUAUUUAGCUUGUUUAUGUAGUUUAGAAAUGUGUCAACCUUUAUAAUUUGUUGAGUUUUAAUAUACACACUUUUGGAGCACAUAAAUGAAGAGGAAAUAAUUACAAUUAUGAUUUAUCAGAACUGAAAAUGGUCUUAACAACAGAUCCUGUUGUUCUUAUCCUGACAAUUUUUCUAUCAAAUGUUUAUUCUUGUGAUUUCUCAAAUAAAUUUGAAGAUUCAUGCAUCAAA